CCCCACCCUACUCUCUGCAUCCGAAUGGACUGUGUCCUGGCUGAAUAACCAUGCCAUCUCCUGCCCAGUCCUUCCUCUCCCUCACCUUGCAACUUAAACAUUGGAAGAUGGCCCCAAGCCUGACUUACAAGCAAGCAACAGACAAGCAAUCUCACCCCAAAUGGACUGUUACUUUGAAGGAUAUACCGAGCUGGCACUGUGACAAUGUGUAUAUUCUUACUGGAUACCGAAGGCCACAAGACUGGAGAGGUUGUGUUCAUUCCAUCUAUGCUUGUGCGUACUCCUAGAAAUCUCCAGUGAUCUUCAUUGUCUUGGAUUAUAACUCUAUUACAGAUCUGCAUAACGAAACCGGUGAGAGGAACUGAAUCAAACGGGAGAUUCUACUAUUCUGGGUAGGGAUAUGCAACACGUCUGAGAUCCAUUUACACACACCACAUACCGUCUUAAAAAUUUGACCAGAACAGUUUAUUAGUGCUCAAAUUGUUAACCUGAAUUUAGCUGAAUUUUAGGAGACUUGUACGAAGUCUCGGAGAGUGUCCGAGGGUGGAACGAGAAGUGCAAAACUUUUUGUCACGUAUCGUCACGUCCGGCAAGACAUCGGCAAGACAUUCUGCACAGCCAAGCCUCGCCGUCGCCUACCGGUCGUUUGGGGACUUUUGGGACUCGUUUUGCUUAUUUUACACUACCUUUCACUCCCCCGUCUCUACAAACUUGUAUUUAGCCUUAUCAGUGUUGUUUACAUCUUGCUAUGUCUUAAUAUUUCUACUCUACAACGAGAAUUACACUGUUCCUGGCUUGUCACGC